GCUGUGUACCCAUGCAGGACUGGCUGUUCUUUCGUGUUCCCUUCUCCAACCAAACGAGCUCCUUCAAAACAUUCUCAUCGGAUGCGACAAAUUACUACUAAGUGAACGCCAACGCAACCCCAAACAUCCAAGUCAACGAGGAGAGGAAAUUCUGGGCGCGGCGAACAACUACAAAAGAAAAUGAGGUGUCCUGCCGAUGUCACCGAAAAAGAUUUUCACCAUGAGAAGCACAAUCCCCUCCACGUUAAACAGGAAGAGGAGUCUGAGAUGCCGUACAUCAAACAGGAGGCAGAGCCAAAGACCCCCGACAUGAAAGAAGAAGACCAGGAAGUUGAAAUCCCCAAGUUUCCAAUGGGUGUCAGUGUUAAGAGGGAAGAAAACGAAGGUCCGAGCGGAGCAGCGAACCCUUCGACCGACAGCUCAUUUCAGCACUUGACGACAAAAGAAGAGGGACGAUCGCAACCGGACGGCCUCUUAGUUCCGCUUUCGGACAGCGACGACAUAACGUCACACUCUUCUGACUUUAAUACUGAUGAGGAGGAUGAUGACUUUGACCAAAAUGCUUCAAAAUCUUUAAACGAGUCAUCAUUGAAAAGAGAAACAAAGGAAUGCGCGGUUGGGAAACCUUUUGCCUGUUCACUUUGUGAUAAAACAUUUCCCUGGAAAUAUAACUUAGAGGCACACAUGCGUACACACACUGGAGAGAAGCCUUUUGUCUGCACACUUUGUGGUAAAAGAUUCAUCGAGAAGAGAUGUUUAAACAGACAUACAAGUAACCACACUGGACAGAAGCCUUUCGCCUGCACACUUUGCCAUAAAACAUUUUCUUCGAAAUAUCAUUUAAAAAGACACAUGCGUACACACACCAGGGAGAAGAAGCCUUUUGUGUGCACGUGUUGUGGUAAACGAUUCACUCAGAAGGGACAUUUAGUAUCGCACACAAGAAACCACACUGGAGAGAAGCCUUUUGCCUGCACACUUUGUGAUAAAAGAUUCACCCAUAGUGGAAAUUUAAACAUUCACACAAGAACACACACUGGAGAAAAGCCUUUUGCCUGCACAUCUUGUGGUAAAAGAUUCUUUGAUAAGAGAGGUUUAAGCAGACACGCAAGCAGACACACCGGAGAGAAGCCUUUCGCCUGCACACUUUGUGGUAAAAAAUUCUUCACGAAGGCAAAUUUAAACGUUCACAUAAGAACACACACUGGAGAGAAGCCUUUCACCUGCACACAUUGUGGUAAAAGAUUCACUCAGAAGAUUGAUUUAGAAAGGCAUAAGCGCACACACACUGGAGAAAAGCCUUUUGCCUGCUCACUUUGUGGUAAAAGAUACGCUGAUAAGACUGAUUUCGAAAGGCACAAGCGUACACACACUGGAGAAAAGCCUUUUGCCUGCACAUCUUGUGGUAAAAGAUUCCUCGAUAAGAGAGGUUUAAAGAGACACACAAGGAGACACACUGGAGAGAAGCCUUUUGCAUGCACACUUUGUGGUAAAAGAUUCGUCGAUAAGGGAGGUUUCAACAAACACACAAGAAGACAUGCUGGAGAAAAGCCUUGUGUAGUGACGGUGAGAUGAAGCCUCAUGAGGCAUUGCACCACUUGAGCCAAUUGGUUCGAGAUAGGGUUCAUUUCUCGGAGCUUCAUGCGUCCACAGAUCCACCUACUGGCCAAGUGUAUAAUCGCAGUCAUUUGUCUCCCAACCACAUGAGUGAUUCGUUAAUUUUUGUGUGUGUGUCUGUUGGGAAGGUGUUAUUUAGCAAAAUAUUGUCUGACCAAAUCCUCGAUCUACAUAGAUUAUCAUGCAAGUAGCCUAUUUUUUUUUCUUUAGCUUUGUUUUAAUUACUUUCCAGUCAAAGAAGUUGAGUUUGGCAUACAUCUUCAGCAAUGGGAUCAAACUCAUAACCUGAGUGACCAUAAUCUAUGAGGCCAGUACCCCCUGAAUCGAAAAGAAAAAAAACAAAAAAACCCUGAAUCGAAAAGAAAAAAAACAAAAAGGACCUAUAGAUAUGUAAGAUAAGUUGUAUGCCAAAUAUAUUAUGCCAGUUUGCUCUCCCACAGCUAUUAUACGCGCACUCCCAAGCUAUUAUGAAGAAUACAGUUUUAGCCCAUAAUCAUGUGCUUACAUUUUUAUUAUCGGCAAUUGCUCACAUUCUGCUGAUAGAUACACACACAUGUUGAUUCAUCACAAAACGUCUCAGUACUUUUCCACCAAGCUACAGUACUUUGAGUGCAAAUAUGUGUUCAAAACAAAGAUAUCUUGCCCGCUCAAGAGUGUGACUGUUAAUUUAAUCAAGAGUGUGACUGUUCAAUCAACGACUAGAAUAAGGAAAUUGCCCGAUCGAAACUGCCACGUUGGACAUCAGUGUUGUAACUGUAUUCUGCCCAGCAACAAGCCCUCAAUAAAAGUUAGCAGUGCGGGGGAGCUCAGAGAGAGACUUCGAUGAGACAUUGGUCGCGGAACUCUGUCUCCUUGCUCUCCCAACCUGCAGGUUGAAAAACGUCAACUGUCUGACUCUGUCUCACUUUAUGCCCUGCCUUUUGUCAGCUUGCCUUGGGUAAAUAAGUUAAAGAACGAGUUGUAGACCUAACAAGAUAUGAAACAAAAACGCACACAUAGACAUACAGUACCUUACAAUCAUAAAAAAUAUUGAUAUGGCGAUGUCUCCUGUAGGUCAGCAAUGCCGAGCAGCUCCCCAAAAUUCAAUGCAAAACAAAUUAUACAUAUGAGCUUUUGGGUCCAGUAAGAGGAGUGGCUACAUACAGUCACAGUCAUACAUCACUCAUGAAGUAAAACAAUAUAUUUUUUUAAUGUAAUGUGUUUGUGUGAAAAUGAUUCCAUAAAUUGCAUCAUCAUAAUGUGGCAGGAUGUGCAAUGUGUUAUUUUUCCCUGAAAAUCACAUGUGCGAAUAUAUCCGGUGUUGCAUGGAUCCGCGAAGCAAUCCGACCCCUUGCCCAGGACAGGACUCAAACCCACCGCGCACGGCGCAUCCAGGACGGCAGGCGGGUGCUUAUGCUUGAGUAAUUUGGACAUUGAUGUAGCAACAGGAUGGUAGGGGUUUUCAUUUUUUUAUUAAAGACAGUUCUCCACAGAGAGGAAGUACUGUUUCUUGCUGGCUGGCUCCAUCCUAGUAUCAACU